AAAUUUGGGCUGAAAAGAAAUGUAUCCGUGAUGCGUGAGUUAGUGGGGCAGUUUUCGGAUUUUUGUGUUAAUGCUGUUAGUGCUAUACUUUUAUUUAUGCCCUUCGAGAACUUUAGUUUUGAUGCAUAUAAAGACUUCAUAUUAGUAUAACCUGGUAUAUUGUUGGCAUUAAAGUAGAAUAUUUUGAUAAGUGCGAAGAAGAAACCACGUACCGUCCACAUCAAGUGACAACCACAGAAUUGCAUUGCUUUUGAAUAUGAACCUUACAAUUUAAGUUUUAAAUGUUUCCCUUAUAGGAACUAUAGGAUUGCCCUUCUUCUCCAUUUCACGAAAUUGGACAACACUGUAAAUUAAAUGCCUGGUUUGGUUCUAUAAUACUCCUUCACCAGCAUGGUAUCUCAUAGGUUAAUAUUUGCCUUAAGUAGAACGAGAGUUUUAACACAGUUUGUGAUCAUCUGUGAUUCAGAUAUUCCAGUAAUUUUAAAUUCUGAAAUGGCUGUAAUUUAAAAAACAUUAUUAAAUUAACUAAACAACUAAAAUUACUGAACCCAUUGCAGACACUGAACUGAAUGUUGUUGGAAUCACAGAUAAAUGUUUUGAGGUGCUGGAUAUUAACCACAAACAUAGAGUGGAAAACAAAACUGAAGGUACAAAGGAAUAGUUUUGUGGUGCUGAAUGUAAUUGUUGUGAACAAAGUCAAAUGCAAGAUUUUCAUACUCCAGAACAUGUGUUCUCUCCAGUAGUACAUUUUGGUCAGAGAGGCAAGGUUAAAAGAUCACAUUCAUCAAGCAUGAAGUCAGCUCAAAGAAAAAAGUGUUCAGUUGUUAACCAGGAACCCAGAGAACUUAAUGGGAUCAAAAUUAAAGGUGAUGACUGUACUGAAGACACUGAACCUGCUGUUGGGACCGGGCAUCUGUAUGUUGAUCUGAGGCUUCCUGAAGGCUGGAGAAGGAGUGUUGUGCAGAGAAAGAAGGGUGCAACAGCUGGCAAAUUUGAUGUCUAUAUUUUCAGUCCUGAAGGAAAAAAAUUCCGCUCAAAAAGGGAGUUGAAACGAUUUCUGCGUGGGACUGCUUUAUAUUUAAAUGCUGAUGACUUUGAUUUUUCUGUGAAUGGGAGAGCUGUUAAAUUGGCAGGAGACCCUGAAAUUAUCAACAGAACAAUUCAGGAUUCAGAUUUAAUUGAUGACAGGGAAAUAGCCAAUGAGAUAUCAGCAGAAUCUGACUGCAGAAAUUUUCAGGUUAAUGCCGAAGACCUGUGGUACAAGAAUGGCCCAAAUAUGAAUUUUGUGGAUGGUUCUGAGAGCAGGGAAGCAGAUACAUCAGUGCAGCCAUCUUCGACAUGUACUCUGAAAUCAAAUGAGUCUCUGGGUAUAUCCCGAAGAGUAACGAGUACCUAUUUUGCUGGUCAUGGAAUGUGUAAAAGAAUUUCAAGCACACUUCAUGAUUCAGAUAUAAGAGACAGCAAGGUGAAAAGAGUUCACAGUACCAGUUCAGUACAAGACGAGCCAACGCUUGUGUUUAAAAGAAUUCAUGAAGAAGAGACUGAAGAAACGACACCAAAGUUUGAUAAUAAAAUACUCCAUUAUAAUAUUGAUGACCUGGUCUACAACACCUUUCCCUCUGAUAAAAAUCUGCUGAAGAGUAAUGUAAUAACAAAGUGGACACCCCCUCGCUCACCUUUCAAUUUGGUACAAGAACACUUGCACCAUGAUCCUUGGCAGCUGCUUGUUGCUACAAUCUUUCUGAACCGUACUCAAGCUGAGGUAGCUCUUCCUUCACUGUUCAAAUUUUUUGCUUCUUGGCCGACACCUGAAUCAAUAAUAGAUGCAAAUCAGUUGGACAUUGUUCAGUUCCUACGUCCAUUGGGUUUACAAGAGACACGUGCCUAUGCUAUCAAGCGAAUGUCCCGAGAUUAUGUGACAAAGAAUUGGAAGAAUGCAAAAGAACUGUUUGGAAUUGGAAAGUAUGGAAACGAUUCUUACAAGAUUUUCUGUGUCAAUCAGUGGAAAUCAGUGAGACCAACUGAUGUGAAACUCAAAAAAUAUGUGAACUGGCUGUGGACCAACCACAGAUCUCUUGGAUUGUGUUGAGAGUUGUAGCUGGUGAAAAUACAAUGCUUUGGCUACUUGAUUGUUGUACAGGAAUGAUUUUAAGAUUAUAAUAUUUUAAGAGUGGACAUAUAGAAAUUAAAAUUACCUGAAAGUA